CUCUGCCUCACAUUGAGGGAAAACAUUUGAGGAGUGAAGUAACUUCAGAGCUUUGUAGACCCAGGUCUGAGGAAGUUCUCUCUCUCUGCCAUCUAAUUUUAAAUUUGCUUGAUGUUGUGCAAUCGCACCAGCGAGAUGCCUCGAGGAGACUUCAACAUCUAUUUUACCAGCGGCCGAAGAGGAAACAUCCGAGCUGAGGAGGCCAUGGGCAUUGCUCUCCUGGUGGUCAUCCUUGCAGGCCUCUUCAUCCUGGGCUGCUGGUACUUCAAGAAGAGGAGUGGCUACAGAAUAAUCAGGAGCCCAAGAUCUGGAUCACCAGGUUUUACAGGAGGCCAGCACUCUGAAGCCGGAGCCCCAGCAGAGAACAAAAUGCCUCUCACUGACUUUGGCAGCUUCCGAUCUGCGAUUCCCAAUGCUCCUCCAGCCUAUGAAAAGAUUUCUUCAGAACAACUGCCACCUCCCUAUUCACCCUGAGGGAGACUGUCAAGACGUCUACAGAGAAAUGGGAAAAGGGCAACACUGAAACCUAAAUUGUUUUCUAAUGAAAGUUUAUAAUGUUGUCAACAUAAUGCAACACAGCUUUGUAAAAACUGCUUUACACGCGAAUAAACACAAUUCACCACGAAAA